AUGCGAUCCCGACUGUACCUGUUCAACUCCUUUGGCAUGAUCAGUGUGUACAUUGUGGUGGUCACCAUGAACUUUGUCUUCCGCAUAACACGCAUGGACCAUAACGGACAGUGUAUCAUUGGCAUGGAGAGGCUUGCCAUGAUCCCUCUCAUUACCUUUGACGCCGUUGUCAAUGUGUAUCUGACCAUCAUCUUCCUCAUCCCCCUGAAAAACCUCUACUCCUUCAAAAACAUGCCUCGCACCGCGUCCAACCUGCGCCUUCGUACAGUGGCGUUCCGUACCUUUAUUGGUGCCGUCAGCACGCUUCUAAGCAGCGUCACCAACCUGACUGUCCUCAUGGCUCUCAAUGGCCAACCGGGAUGGGUUUGUCUGAUGCUCUGCAACUGCGAUAUCCUGUUCUCGGCCAUGGUCAUCCAAUGGGUCACAUCCAAGGACAACGCCGGGACAUCGGGCAACAACUCGCUCAACGCUGACAACAACAGCGCGGCGCGAAGGGGACGGGCCGUCGACGCAGCCCGGCGAACGGACUUUGCAUCAGAGACAAUAUGCGCACGAUGCACACCACCCUCGUCGCCGGCGGAGAUCGCCCUCGUGCCCUCGGUGGCCACCACAUACAGCAAGAAUUCGUCCGACAUAGCCGACGUAAAACUCGAGAACCAUGUUGUGCGCCGACAGCGUCACGCGAGAUACGCCUGGACAUCGCGGGUCAAGAAGGAUGAGCCCCGGUCCUCAGGGCUCAGACGGAUACGUGACUUCGAGAACGAUGAUCACAGGAGGGCAACGUGGCAAUGA